GCCCCCCUCGGGCCCCGGGCCCGGCCCGGACACAGCGCGGGCGCUGAGGGAAAUCCCGGGAAGAGGCCACGGGAAGCUCGGGAAAUCCCGCGGGAUGGAGAGCAAGGCGCUGCAGCUGCGCACCUUCUCCGAGCGCCGCAGCGGAGCCGCCCCCGAGGAGCCCCUGGAGGGAAGGAGCCUCUCCAGGCUGAACCUCUGCGAGGACGAUCCCGUCCGGAAGGCGAAGAGCGCGGGAUGCUGCGGCCGGCUGGGCUCGGCGGCGGCGCUGAAAUAUUCCGUGCUGGGCCUUUACCUCCUGGUCCUCCUCAUCCUGGUGGGAAUCUUCGUCCUGGCAGCAUCCCGGCCCUGCGCAUCUCCCGAGGAUCUGCAGGCCCUGCUGGGUGACGUCCAGCGGCUCAACGAGACCUUCCGGGACUUGCGGCUGCGGCUGCUGCUCCCCGUUCCCACGGGAGGAGAACUCCUGGAGCACGUCUGGAGCCUCCAGGAGCUCCUGCAGAACCACUCGGACUCUCUGCGGCGGCUGGAGGGGUUCCUGCACGGCCUGCGGGACCAGGCCGGACAGACGGACGGCUCCGUGGCCCGGCUCCGCGAUUCCCUGCUCCGGCAGAGCGACGCGGCCCAGCUGGAGCUGUCCCGGCUCUCCGUGGACGCCAACGGCAGCCGGCUGCUCCUGGAGCACCACCAGCACCUCCUGGGCCACCUGGGCGGGCGCCUGGAGCUCCUGGGCGAGCAGGUGACGGCGCUGGCGGGAGCCGUGGAUUCCAUGAACCGCAGCUUCUCCUACGACGUCCGCCUGCAGCGCUCCCGGCUCCGGGAUCUCCAGGGGCUCCUGGGCAACGCCAGCGCGGAGGCGCGGAGGAUGAGGAUGGAGCAGGCGGCCGUGGAGCGGCAGCUGAGGCUGGAGCUGGCCCUGCUCGACAACGUCACCGAGGAGCUGCGCCUGAAGGACUGGGAGCAUUCCGCAGCGCUCCGGAACGUCUCCGUGAUCCGCGGGCCGCCGGGACCCAAAGGAGAGCGAGGCACGGAAGGGAUGGAGGGACCGCCCGGCCUUCCCGGCCUUCCCGGCCUCCGAGGCCUUCCCGGGGAGCGGGGGCCCCCCGGCCCGCAGGGAUUGAAGGGGGACCAGGGAGAGCCGGGCCCUCGCGGCCCCGCGGGAACGCGCGGAUUCAAAGGUGAGCGCGGCCCCAAGGGGGACAAGGGCGACCGAGGCGCUGCCGGCGGCACCAGUGAGUUCCCGGAUCCCGGAUCCAUCCCGAGGAAUUCUUUGGGAAUUUGGAGCCUGGGGAGUGCUGGGAAAUUCCUGACACAAAGAGGCUGCCGGGAAAACCAUCCCGGGGUUUUCCUGCCUUUUCCUGCCCGGGAGAGGAGGAGACGGGAAGUGGGAGAGGUGGGGGGAGCGGGAAAGGACCGGGAAUGGCGGAGGGAAAAACUCGGGAAUGCUGGAGGGAAGAGGCUGGGAAUGCCGGAGGUGUCCUGCAGGCUCGGGACACCUUCCUGCCAUCCCAGGGACAUCCCUGCCUGGGGACAUUCCCAUGGAAUUCCAGGGACAUCCCAUCCCUGCCUGGGGACAUUCCCAUGGAAUUCCAGGGACAUCCCAUCCCUGCCUGGGGACAUUCCCAUGGAAUUGGGGACAUCCCAUCCCUGCCUGGGGACAUUCCCAUGGAAUUGGGGACAUCCCACCCCAGCCUGGGGACAUUCCUUGGAAUUCCAGGGACAUCCCACUCCAGCCUGGGGACAUUCCCAUGGAAUCAGGGACAUCUCAUCCCUGCCUGGGGACAUUCCUUGGAAUCCCGAGCCCAUCCCAGCCCCUGCGGGAGCCCGGCCGUGACCGCGGCCAAUCCCUGGGGAUUUUUGGGAAUGCCGCUCCCAGCCGGAUCCGGCGGUGGGAGCAGGGCUGGGAUGGCCAGGAGCUGC